AUGUACGUGCAAGGUGGUGUCCCGGUACAAUCUGCUGUUGUAUUGGCGAGAGGGGCAGCUGCGAUGGGAACUGGAGUUGAGCAGCCUGCUUCUCUUCCUAUUGCACCUCAUCAGCAGCCAAGUAUAUCCACACAAGGCACGACGUAUACAGCUCCUUCUAGCUCUCGUCCACAUGAUGAGGCUGCUCUUCCUCAAAACUUGUUCGAUGAACUGCCAGCCGAUGAGCAGGCCCCUCCUUCUCCGCCGAAGCAGCGUACCGCCGAAAACACUGGUCCGUCCCUACCAACUGAAGCUGACCAUCCGCAGCUUUCCCUAGAAAGGCCUUCUUCCCAAGAAGCACCACAAGAUCCCCAGUGUUCAUCGGAAUCAACUGGAUCAGCCGAAUCACAAUCUAUGGUACCUACAGAUCCAACUCAGGAUUCCACACCACCAAAUGUUGGCGAACCUCCUGGAAAGAACUUGAGCGAAGUUCAGGAACCUCAACAACCUUCUCAGGACGAGGGAUCUGGUGUAGUCAACGACCCUACGGUUCAGAACCCAAUGUCACAGGGACAAUCGUCUAGUAAUCACGAGCAACCUGAAGACCAGUCGUCGUCGUUACCAGCCGAUCCUCCUGCGUCUGAUGCCCAAGCACCACAGCCUUCUCAGGCUGGAUUUAGUGCGGAAACCGAACAGCCCAUUCCCAGUACUUCUCAGACGCCUCAACAAAUGGGAACAGCAGUGGAGCAGAGUUUCAAUUCACAUGCAAAACGAGAAGCCACAGAGUCGCCGGCGGCCGGAACUCACGGAAUGCCUGUUUACCAGGCUGUGAAACAAGCUCCCGAAGAGGAGCAAUGGUAUGACGUGGGAAUAAUCAAAGGAACGUCAUGUCUCGUUACGCAUUACUUCUUGCCUGGUGAACAAUCACUCGAAAGCACAUUUGGGGUAAGUUAA